AAAAAGCAAACAUGGCUCUGAUUACGGUAGCAUUAGCAUUCCUGGGUGUCAGGUCCAUAUCAGCACAAGUACUACAUAAAUCAAUAGUACCGAAAAUAAUAAAGCUAGGUUCAGAAGUUACUGUUUUCUGUGAUUCUGAUCUUGCCGGUGUCCCUGAAAAUGGCAGCCCUGAAGGCAUUUUUGCAUUGGAGCUGAGUUGGAAUGAAAAAUUCUUUUACGAGUUCAGUACCAAGUUUGGCACUGUGAGAACAAUUGGUGUAAACACUCACUGGCGAACUAGGGUUUCUGGACACUAUCCCAGGAACAGUCGUAAUCUUUUCCAUAGGGACAAAUUCAGGCUGGAAAUCGAUAUGAUAAAUAUCACCCCCGAUGACCAAGGCGAGUUUUGCUGCUCUAGCUACACCAGAAAGAACGGAGAAUUGCAAUCCCCCUCAAAACGUUGUGAGGACUUUAUAGUUUCACAUCACUCUAUAGUGGAAGCAAGCACAAUUGCACAAGAUCGAGAUUAUAAAAUAAUCCAAUGUACCCCUGAUCUCGCGGGAGUUCCAGAUACGGCAACAGAGGUAGACAGAGUGGAGUUGUUCUGGCAAAAUAAAGAUUUCGAUCCAAACUCCUAUUUUAAGUAUACUUUAAGAAUAUAUUGGUAUAACUAUCGGUACCCAGACGUAAAUCUAAUCAACCGUGCUCGAAAAGGUCACUGGCGCAUGAUCCCACAUUAUCGAAAAUUGAAGCCCAACAAGAGAUUGAGCAAAGAUGGAACAACGCUUGAUAUAGCAAUCUAUAAUCUAAGAGACCAAGACGUUGGCUGGUACUGUUGCAGUGUAAAUUACUUUGACAAAGAUGAUGUCAAUCGUUUAGCACACAGGUGUCAUUAUUUAUCAGAUUCACGUAUUCAAGUCGUAAAAUACUCCAGAAACGGGAGCUCAAUCAAGAGAGUUACCGAGAAUCUAAUCUUCGGAUUGCUGAUUUUUUCAUGGAUGCAGCAACACAUUUAUAGGGGUGAAUGAUUUUCUUGUUCCUUGCUUGAAUGCUACUAAACACAUGGAAGUCUUAUCUACUAGAGAUGUCUCAUAGUGUGUUAUAAGGAAUCCAUCAAAGCCGUAACCAUCAAAGCUUAAAAUUUCACUGGACACAAGAUCAUGCAAAUUAGCUGAAAACUAUCAACGCUACCGUAAAUAACAUCUUAAAAAAAACAUAAUAUUAGAUUAAAGCAUUAAAAUUUGUAAAUGCAAAUAAAUCAAGUUUUGAUUAACUUUAGUUACUAUCGUUAUUUAAGAUGUAAGA